GCAUGUCUAGAACCUAUGUAAUAUUUUCUGCAGCAACAUAACAUGCAAGGUAUUUUCAUUUGCUGAUUUCUCGUUUACACGAAGAUUUCCAUUUUUUUGCAAUGAACAUAUGAUAGGGAAGUCUUGAAGGAACAAUCUGACCGACGCAAUACAUUAUUCGCUAUUUUAAUACAACGGUAGCACUGAAUAUUCGAGUCGAUAUUCCUCGUAGUCUUUUGACGGGAACAGAUGGGGGAACUGGGUCAUAGCCUCGUUUUCGCCCCUAUGGAUGACUUCGUGAGAAACCAUCGUGUGUAAAGACGGGCGAGGGAUAUCUUUGUCAGCAUGAUCACGUUUUUGGCGACCAAAGCUUGUUUUCAGACACCUAUGGUUUCAAACUUGUAGAUAAUUUUCUUUUAACUGUAAUCGUUGUAGAUGAUAUCCUAAAAAGAGUCCGAUUUUCAGUUAAUAUUGACAUGUUUUCAUCACAUCACUGAAACCAACGUGUGUUUUUUCUGUGUGUAUUGCUUCAAAUCAAAACCUCACAAAUGAAAAUUCACGUGCUCAAGAUUUAGACAAAAGGUACGUUGUAUAGAGAUGCCGUGAAACUUCCUGGCAUAGGUAUACUAUUACUCGGAUAAUUAUUCGGUGAGUUAAAUGUGCAUAAAACAACACUAAUCAUCUACGAAUCGUGAACAAUGAAGUGACGAACCAAUGUAUUUGACCCGCUCCAAUAUACACAUGGCCUCUGAAGGCUGAUGCGUUGUUUAUAGUGUUGAUCACGUGAAGUGACAGUUUUGAAUACUCCAAAUCUUGGCUUCAUGACUUUCGCUUAUGAGUUAUCAAAGAAACAUAAUCAAGCACAAAUGUACAGAUAAGAAAAAUGUAAUUUCUGACCAGUGAAUGCCAAUUUAUAAUUUGCUGGCAUUUUUGUUUUGAUUUAUUGUUAACAUGAGUUGGUUUUUCCCUAAAUAUGUACAAAUUGAGAUUAUAAGGGGAUAAACAACAACAAAACGUGUGAACUUUUGCAUGAGCUGCCAAUAAAGUGACAUUUUGUGAUGAGUCGGAAAUCCAACCGUCAAGCACCACCAUCACGAGAUAAUUCUGCUACAGCUCAUCGUCUUGCCGACUACCUUGGGGAAACUUCUACACCUCUUGCAGGGCACGGUAUUUCUUCUUCGCCUCAGAGUGGAUCAUUUGAACAAGUAGACUACAACAACAGCGCAUUUAAACCAUCAAACUCUGAAUCUAGCACUAUGGGCGACAGUCCAGAUGGAACAGAGGAAAUUAUCAUUGAUGAUCCUCCUAUCGACACCGGAAAGGAGAAGAAAGGCAGUCUUGGCACCAUUCCAGUAGACCCUACCAGACCAAAGAUGGUAACAGUGAAGAACCCUGGCCAAAACAGGGCCAAACCCACUAUGCCAGGAAAGAAAUCCUCGCUCAAAGCAGACCUGGAUGUGGCGAAAGAGUUUAAGAAGUGUAAAGAAGAUGAAUCUACUCGACUUGACUUAAGUAAAUCACAGAUAACUAUUAUUCCAAGUUCUGUGAAAGAGCUGAUACUGCUCCAGGAGUUUUACCUGUAUGGAAAUAAGCUAGGUACACUGCCAGCAGAGAUUGGCUACCUAACAAACCUACAGAAACUGGGUUUGAGUGAAAACUCGCUCACUACACUGCCAGACUCACUGCAGAAUCUCAAGUUCCUCAAGGUGCUUGAUCUGAGACACAACCGACUUAACGAGAUCCCAGAGGUCGUUUACCAGUUGCGAUCUUUGACUACACUCUUUCUGAGGUUCAAUAGGAUUAGACAAGUGGACGAGGAUAUCAGUAAUUUAACAAAAUUAACAAUUUUCAGUUUAAGAGAAAACAAAAUUCCCAAAUUACCAAGGGGUAUAGGAAAGCUGGUGAAUUUGGUGACAUUUGAUAUUUCACACAACCACCUGGAGCACCUACCAGAGGAAAUUGGUAACUGUGUCAUGCUGUGUUCCCUUGACCUUCAGCACAAUGAGCUGCUGGACAUACCUGAAUCCAUAGGAAAUCUUAAAUCUUUAUCUCGAUUAGGAUUAAGGUACAAUAGGUUGACAAGUAUUCCAAAAACGCUAGCACACUGUGUUCUCAUGGAGGAGUUCAAUGUGGAGGGUAAUAACAUAUCACAAUUACCGGAAGGGUUGCUGUCCAGUUUGACAAACCUGACCAGCAUCACACUGUCUAGGAACGCGUUUCAGUCUUAUCCUACAGGUGGCCCUGCUCAGUUCUGUUCAGUGUAUUCUAUCAACAUGGAACACAAUCAGAUCAACAAGAUCCCACUAGGGAUAUUUUCCCGGGCACAGAGUCUUACCAAACUGAACAUGAAGGACAACCAUCUCACUUUCUUGCCACUGGACAUCGGAAGCUGGGUAAAUAUGGUGGAAUUGAAUUUAGGUACCAACCAAUUGACCCGCAUCCCGGACGACAUCCAGAACCUAGAGAAGUUGGAAGUUUUAAUUCUUAGUAAUAAUUUGUUAAGGAGGCUACCUCCUAGCAUAGGUAAUUUGAAAAAGUUAAGAGUGCUGGAUCUGGAGGAGAAUAAAUUGGAGUCUCUACCUCAUGAAAUUGGUCAGUUACGAGAGCUAACAAGACUAGUAGUUCAAUCCAACCAACUCACAAGCCUUCCUCGAGCUGUCGGGAUGCUGAGUAAGUUGGAGUAUCUUGGUGCUGGAGAAAAUAAUCUCACAUCUCUACCUGCUGAAAUAGGUACGUUGGAGAACCUCGAGUCGCUGUACAUCAACGACAACCCCGACCUCCACAGCCUGCCCUACGAGCUUGUAUUGUGUAGUCAUCUACAGAUCAUGAGCAUAGAAAAUUGUCCACUUAGUCAGAUUGCUCCAGAGAUUGUAGCCAAAGGACCGUCAUUAGUUAUACAGUAUUUGAGAAUCCAAAGUCCAUACAACACAAUGUGAAGGGGGAUGGGACCUGGUGAGAUGCGCUGGAGUAGUGAUAAAUGUUCUGUGAUCUUAAACGUCUGUUUUCCCUGCUUUACUUCUGGGAUUCCACAAAGCAGAGUUAUUUAUAUCGGGUUGCUGCAAGAGACUUACAGACUGACUGCACAUAUUUAUAAAAAUGAAAUCAUGCAACAAUGAUUUUUAACAGUUACAUGCAGGAUUUCUUUAUAUAGACCAACAAUAUUUCAAUUUUAUUAAUUUGCAGAUAUAUGUACAGUUACACUGGUUCAAGUAAAUGCUAUUUGCAAACAGUUGUGCUGUAUCUUGCAUUUAGGAUUUCUUUUGUGUUGUCGUACCUGACGAGGAAAAGGUUCUAAGCAGACUGGAAAUGUACAAAUGUGCCAAAUGUGUCGGGUGGAGGAGAUGAAUUGCGGCGAUUUUCCGGGAACCUCCAUAAAACUGGCAGUGUUAGAGACACUUCUGUGUGGAGGGAUUGUUUACCGUGACUACUGUAGAAGGAUAGAGGAUGCAGCAUUCAGGCACAAGUACCGGGACAACAGUAACCUGAGACAACAAUAGAAAAGGUGGACAAGGCUUGUCCAUUGUUAGCUGAAACUAUACACUAGAAUGUGUGGUUAAAAUCACAGGAUACUUCUCCAUAGUGAUUAUGUAUGAUUUUUUUUUAAUCCUGCAAUGCUGCGAAGUGGUGUUCUUUGCUUCGUAUUAGCCCUCGUUUCCAUGGCCCAGUCUAAUUUGCUUUACCGUGGCAACCUGAUAUAGUGGUCGCCCACUUACUGAUUACAGCCAGAGUGUCUGGUCAGUUUGUCUCCCUAUGUAGUGAUUUACUGUUGGUCAGCCAUCACACCGGUCAAGUUGAUUCCAGGUAUAGACAGAAAUGUCCACAGCUUUGCCCAAGGCCUCGUGUUAUAUAAAUCACUUACAUUUCGCAAGAUAGAUAUUUUUCAUGUCUGUUUGCAAGGAGAGUCGAUAAAUAAUUCAAAUGUCUGUGAAUAUUUAUUCUGACACAAUUUUACAAUAGACAAACAGCUAUUGUCCUUGCGAAUAAAUAAUUUGAAAAAUUAUUGUGAAAAAAAGUACAAAGUACCUUUUACUGUGAUGCUCCUAUAUAAUACGAGCUGUGUAUGUCGUUUACUGUACAGUAUACUCAAGAUUUGUUUAGAAACGUCUCUGUGUCAAGAGUAGUUUUAAAUCAGUUGUAUGCCAUAGAAGGCUCAGCCUGUUCAGUAUCCUUAGUAAAGCUAGGUUGAAUAGUCAGCAGUUCCUACAUGCAGUUAGUCACACAAGAAUAUUGAAUCAUGUUUUCAUAAAGUUUGUUUACUCAUCCUUCCCGAAUUGUUUUAGGAUAAUAACUGUGUCAGAUUAUAUGUGAAUACAUUUCUGCCAAAUUUUGUCAGGGUUGUUCAACAGAAGCUUUAACCGCGCAUAUUAAAUAGGAGUGCAGGUCCUCAAUUAUAAAACAGUAUUCAAUUAUUGCUUUAAAUACACAACUGCUUCAUUUAUAAUGGAAUACUGAACUAAUGAUCCAAGAACGGUGAUAGCUUCACUCUGGUCCAGUCAGAAAAUAUUAUUUCAUUUGAUGCAAAAAUAACUUUUCAGACAUAUGUAGGUAGAUACUGAGGCUCGUCAGGAAGGAGAGGAGCACAGUAGCUGCACUAGGCUCUCUUUUAGAUUUGUGCCUGUCAUUUUUACUAGAAAAUGUUGAACGAAAGAGUUAACUUGAUAAUGGCCCAGGACGUGCGACAGAUUUGAAUACUAUUUGUUUGAUAACUGCAAAAUCAGUACAUUUUUCUUUGCUCAGUCAGGUCUCAUUAAUCAAGCUACCAUAAUCCAGUUGUCUUACUGUCCUACCAAUAUUUUAGAGUGAGAUUGGCCUUUUUCUAUUCAAAAUUGUUUCCAUAAUCCAGCUGAUCAAAAAUCAAGCAAUUCUUUACUAGGAUGAAUGUGACUUCAAGGGCUUCAUCGUUACUAAGAAAAUAACGAAAUAACAGAAUUUUAUACCUAAUAUAUUCCCUGAAAUAUUUACCCUGUUUGGUUCGGUUAUGCUUUUGUAAAUCAGAUUUAUUAGUUGAUGCAGUUGAGAUUACUCAACAGUAUAUCUGAGUGAUGUUGUUUAAGUACGUAAGUGAGAAAACUCCAAAUUAUAACUAUAAACUUCAGUCAAAGUAUGCACAUUGUCUAAUUGUUCAGUGCAAUGUCAGGCGGUGAUUUUUUUCACAUGUGUAAAGUAUAUAGUAGAGUACAGGGGAUCUUCCUCUGUUCCAGCUUUAGUGAUAAUAAGAAUGUGAAAUGAAUGGAUUACUGGAACAAUAUUCUAUAGAAAUAAGCUUGCUCCCUAUACUGGUAACUGGAUAGUUCAGCAACUGAAUUUGUAGUGGGUAAUUUCUAAAUUGCACAAGAAUGCCAUCAGAAAGGUAUCGAUGGUUUUGCCAGAUUUACAGUUGGCUAGCCAUGAACCAUAAUUAAGACUGGCAUGUCAUCAGAAAAGUCCGCUGUUUUCGUAUUCAACAGUGUUUAUAUUUCUUGUUUGUAAGCCUUUCACUUAUAUAACCUUAUUUUUGUUUUUUGUUUUGUUUCAAAAGACCUUUCUGAUGGGAAGAUUUCUUUCCCACCUACCUUAGCCAUUGUUUUGGUUAAAUGCUUGUUUCGACAUGUACAAUUAAUAUAUUAUGCUAAAGAUAUUUGGAUUGCAAGGAAGAGUGAGGAGAAGAGGGAGACGAAAGACACAUUUCAAAGUUGACAUACAUUGCACGUUACUUAGAAAUAAUUUUAUCAAUGAUUAACGAAUGUAAUAUAACAUUUAACUGGUAGACCUGGUUUACUACAUCUUCGCUAGCCAAGGGUUACACUCUGGUACGAUCUGCUCUUCAGAGAGGGCAAGUGAGUGUAACCCCUGAGGUAUCGGGAGUGGUGUACUAGUGUGCUCCAAAGGUGCUUCUAUGUUUUCUAUUGAAACAUUUGUAUUUAAUUAUUGAUCUAUUUUUCGAUCAUGGCAUAUGUAUCGGUUAGUUGAUACCUCUAGUCGUAGACACCAGACCAAUGUAAUAGGUACUAACAAGACAGGUCUCCCAUACCUGUGGGUAUAGGUAGGAUCUUUCUUGCCAACUAGACUGGGAUAUCCACAUAUCCUAAAGGUGCUGGGAAAUUCUGUCUGGCCCAUGGGUCUGGAUCACUGUAGUGAUGUCAGAAAACAGUAGAGCAGGGAUUACGUCAUCACAAUAACUGGAAGAAAAAUAUUGUUUGUCACUGAUUUUCAUAGCAAUUGUACGGAUAAAUAGCCUAAUAAAAUUACUUAUAUCUCUUUUACCACUUCUAUUUUUAACAUUUCAGGAUAUCCUGGUAUUGAAUUGAAUUAGAUAUUAUAAUAUAAUAAGUUGCUGUACAUCAUUGGAAUACAAAAUGUACAUCAUUUUUUCACUAAACCUUUCCUAAUCUAUCCCCCACACUUGCAUUUGGUAAAUCUAUAAUAAAGCAUUUAUGAUCAUGAACAAAGUGUUUUGAUGCUUGGAAUAAAAUUAAAUGAUACAUGGUCUUUCCACUCAUAAAAUGGGUCCUACCACUCCAAUGGUGUCUUGUUCUUAUGCUAAAAGUAAUAAUUUAGUUGACAAUUGAUGACAUAUGUUCUCUAGUAAAAGUCAUGUUGCUUAUCCACAAUACAUAGGAAAACUUAUUUUUAGUUUUCCAAACUUGCUGCUUAGUCAUUUUCUGACAAAAUUGAUAAACAACAAAAUACAGACACAAAUAGAAGAGUGUCUUGUCUAGAAUGAGAAUGUGUCAACAAAAUACAGACACAAAUAAAAGAGUGUCUUGUCUAGAAUGAGAAUGUGUCGUGUGUUGCCAUGGUAAUGCUGUCCGUUUUUGUCGAGCUUUGUAUGGUUUUGUUCAACCACCGCCUGUUCCCUUAUGCUAAUUAUAUAAGAUCACAUGUUAUGAGUGAUGUAAACAUUUGAUUUCCUAAGUGUAUGCUAGAAGUCCAAGAGGAUAAAGAGGAUACAGGUUAUAUAAUGUAGACAAUUAUGAAACUGAAUUUCUGGCUGUAUAUUUGUGAAAAGUAAUGUAAUGACACCCUUGAUUGAAGAAUAUAUGGCUUGCAUUUACAUUGAAAUUAGUCCCCAUUUAGUGAAACAGUAUGGUGGGGCGGGGAACCUGGGACACCAGGCUAUAGGUUAGAAUAUUAAUCUGUACACGUGACAUUCCGAUUUGCAUUUAGGUGAAAAAGUUUGAGAACAAUAUAAUUCAAAUGAGAUAGAUAUCUUUAUAAAAGAGCAGACAAAUGCCUUGCCACUAAAUAGUGUAACAUUUUUAUGACCUUAGCCACGAGAUCAAUGUUGCAAAAUUGUUCUCCAUUCAGCUGAAAACUAGACAAAGUUUGAAAGGGGAUGUUAGAAAGCUAGACAGGAGGUAGGGAAUGUGUUACUUAAAAAUACUUAAAGGUACAAUGAAAUCAACAUAAGAGUGUUCUAAAAGGAGUAUUACUUAAAUAUAAUCCUGUUUAAUUGUAUGUUCAUCUUUCCCUCCCUCCAUUUAUCUUGUCCUUUACAUAUAGUUUCCUCCCAUUCUGAAGUUGCAAUUUUAAUUAAGGAUAUCUUUCCCUCCCUCCAUUUAUCUUGUCCUUUACAUAUAGUUUCUUCCCAUUCUGAAGUUGCAAUUUUAAUUAAGGAUAUACCAGUAUUUGGUCAAUGACUCAAAUGAAUGACUGAUUGCCUGAUCAUGAAUGCAAAAAUCGGUUUUGAAGAAAAGAAAUGGAGCAUCCCAAAGUACCAAAACAAUAAUAAUAGUAUGAUCAUUGUCCCAAAGGACAUUUAACAUUAAAUCAUGUAUUUUUUGCUAGUGAAGAAAUUGACCACCAGAAGAAAAAGCUAUUUCAACUAAGCGUUUAUAUGUCGGAACAAAAGUAGAAAGCUUUCAUACUUUUUGAUAAGAAUUGAUUCCUGGAUUAUCACAUUUACUAAAGCAGCAGUCUUUUGAAAAAUUGCAUUCGGAAAGAGGAAACAUCCUGUUUUGUGUUAUUUAAGCGAUUUUUUCCGUACAUGUAACAUAUAUUAUUUUCUUUUCCAUGUUGUGUCCCCUUGUAAAGCCAGCUUAUAAUUAUACAGUAUGAUCAAUUAUGAUAAAUAUAUUGUCUAAUUUCGCCAAAGAUUCAUGCAUUAUAAAUAUUUUACGAGCCAUAAAAUGGUAUUAAAUCGUUGUCACUGAGUCUAUUGCUGCACAAGUCUUUUUUGUCCGAUUUUGUAUAACUAUGUUUAUCUGUUUUGUUAACAUAUAUACAUAAUAAAAGUUUUGUCUCUGCAUUUAUCAAAGAACUACCAGUAUAAUGUACCAUUGUGUACAGGGAAUUUUUUGCCAAUUUGAAUAUUUUUCCUUCUUUGGAAAAUUAAAGUGUUAAUUUUGCCCUUUACAAUAUUUAUAACUGGUACAUGUAAUAAAUUGUGUACUGAAAAACACUUUGAAUUUUCCCUCAAUACAGAGAUCGAAAAGGGCACGACACAUUCUGUGGCGAACAUUUCCCUGUGGACAGUAUUUUCCACCUGGUCACCAUGACAACUGAGUACUUAAUUGGGAAUGUUGACUUAAGUGCUCUAUACAUUUUAGUGAAAGAGAUUCAGAAUGAAAAAAUAUGUAGUAAUUUUUCAGGCGAGAUUGUUUUUGCAGAAAGAAUAGAAGCAAUUAUGAUUGUUUUUGCAGAAAGAGCAGAGGCAAUUAUGAUAUAUUUCUUAGGUUAUUGCCAAUAAUUAUUUCAUUAUUUGAUAUUAUAUUUAUCUGCUUAAUAGGUAUGUCUAUCUUCAAAUAUUUGCUGCAAAUGUUCCAUUUACAAAUGAAAUUUAAUGACAACAGUCUAACAUUGUUUAACAGUUUAUAUAUACUUUUUUUCAUGUUUUCACAAGGGAAAGCUGUAUCUAUCCUUGUUGAAACCUAUUUGGCUGCAUUUUCUUGUCAAACAUAGAUUUGUUUUUAGAUUCAUCAGUGGUUACCACUGACAAGGUGUACAUGUCUGUUAUAUUAACAUAGUCAGAUGAGAUCAGUUAUAUAAAAACAGAGAUGGGUUCUACAAAAUGCGUCGGAAAUAUUUAGCUUUGAUGGAAAUGACCUAAUUAUACAGUGUUUUUCCUGUGGUCAAGUGCAUAUAAAUGCAAGUCUGUGGUGAUAGUCGUGAUGAUUAACUUGACUUGUCAACAUAACUUUUGAGAAAGGUUGUAUUAAUGAAAUCAAACAACUGAAUAUAACUGGAUGGCAGAAAUGUGCCACUAUAGAAAUAAAAGAGUAUAAGCUACCUAACUGUAACAUCCAUCUCGUUUACAGAAGAAUUCCACGUUAAGAAUGCUAUGAAAUGUCUUUAUUGUAACUAGCUACAAUUGUACACAAUUAGUACACACAAUGAUAACGAUAAUCAAAACUUGUUAAGGGGAAAUAACUCAAAUAGCAUGUGCAACACUUUAUAUAGUCUGCAAGGUAGCAUGUGUCCUUAAUUGAUACAGAAAUUAUUUCCAAAUUUUGCCCCUACAUACUGGUACAGUACACAUGUCAAAACGAAUAUAUGUACUCAUUUGUGAAAUAUAUUCAACAAUGAGCUAGUCAUUGUAGUAAGUAUAGUAAAACCUGUGAAUGGUGAGCUGGAGCUGGCAUUCAUUGGAAUGCGGACUGGUGAGACAUGUGGAGAGAGCGACAGUGUAGGGUCGGUUGUUUUUCAGUGGUGCAUCCAUACACAUGUAUCAUAAGAUGUACUUGUUAGCAUUUCAUUGGUGAAUGUAGACGGCUAUAGCAGCACAGAUCAGUAUAGUUAUAUAUUGACAGCAGUGUCAAAAGUCUUAUAACAGUGAGAAAAGUUGGUUCAGAACAAACCAUGUAUUAACUGAAGUAUGCAUUUAGUGUGGAUAGGUGCAAAAAUGGGACACAAAGUUUUUUUGUUUUUUUUAAAUAAGUUCAUUGCAAUUAAAAGUUAAUUUAUCAAAUCUGAAUGAUACACCUGCUAACUCGAGUACUAGCAUUUACUUCACAUGAUGUUGUAAUACAUUUAACAUAAGGAUUGAUGUAACAAUAUGGAGACAUUUUUUGAAUGGUUGUUUGGACACAAGAAUGCACCCGUUUUUGACAUAUUUUUUAAAUUUUUCGUAAUGUUAAUUUAAAAACAAUUAAGGGCGAGUCCAUCACAAACAGAGGUGAAAUGUGUAUAGUAGCAUAUUUUUAACCCUGGAUAAUGUCCAAAAUUGUAUGUGUAUUUCUAUCUUUUGUGUUAUAAGAUUAUGCCAACAGAGAAAUAGCCGUUUUGUGGAGACAACAUAAAUUACGGGUAUAUGUGUCCUUUACACAGAAACAUACCUAUACUUGUGUUGAAUUUCUCCAUGAGAGAGGACUACAAUUAUGCUUUGCGGUUGUACUUUACCAUUACAGAAUGAUAAUGCUUCUAAUCACAAGACCAAAACAUAAAUGCUGUUAUGUUUUCAAUAGACUGAACAUGCUUUUGUAUGAGUAGAUGCAAGUAUUAAUGUUUUCAAUAGACUGAAAAUGCUUCUGAUGGCUGGACCCAAGAAUGAAUGUUUUCUAUAGACUGAAAAUGCUGCUGAUGGCUAGACUGAAGUAUAGAUGUUUUCUAUAAACUGAAAAGGCUUUUGAUGGCUAGACUGAAGUAAAAAUAUAUUUUCGUCAGCAAACCUUUCACCUAAGUUUGCUGAUUGUACUUAGUGGUUGAAAUCAGUGAUAAAACCAUCAGGAUUUUCUCUGUGAAACAAAAUUGUACAUGAUAUGUUAAUAUUUUGAUACAGGUUCUUAUUUAUUGAUAUCAAAAGGAUUUAUUUUCUUUCCUGUGAAUUAUUUUGUAAUAACAUUUCAAUGAUUUUGCUAGAGGUUUUUGAAGUUUCAUUUCUACAGAUAGGCACUGACAUUUUGUAUUGAUGUCAUACUUAACAUGCCAAGAGUUUUAACAAUAGCUGGCAUCCCUAAACUUUCCCGUGAAAUAUUGGCGUGUGAUUAUCAAUGGAACAGUACUAUAGUAUUUAUUGUUAUUUUUGUAUGCAGGAAAUAAAUUCAGCAUGUAACUGCAUCAUUUUCAUUGUUAUUAAACAUUUGAAACUCUG